AUGGCCAACCCCCCUUCAUCCCCCUCAUUUGACUGGAAAAUCUAUCCUCACCCUCACCCUCACCCUCACCCCUUCACCAUCUUAACCCUCUUGCACGGGUACUCUUACGUCCAGCACCGACGCACAAGCAUCAUAUACAUCAUCCUCGGCGGACUAUGUGAAAUCGCUGGAUUCAGCGCGCGCAUAGGGAGUCACUUUGACGAUACCACCUGGGCACCGUUCAUCAUCCAAGGCACGCUGUUGCUCGUGGGCCCGCUGCUCUUCGCUGCGACGGUGUACAUGAUGCUUGGUCAGGCUGUGCGGUGUGCGGGCGCGGACAAGCUUUCGAGGGUGAGUCCGAGAUGGUACACAAGAAUCUUCGUUACUGCAGACAUCAGUACAUUGCUUGUGCAAGGACUAGGUGCAAGUCUCAUAGGCACAAUGCAACUGUCUCUCGCUCUUGCGGGCGAGAAGGUGGUCAUUGCUGGUCUCGCGCUGCAGGUCGCUACCUUUGUCGUCUUUCUCGUUGCGGCGAUCGACUUUCGUGUUCGCAUGAACAUCAUCUCGAAGACUGGACAAAGUGCAGAGGAUCAGACAUGGAAGAGGACGCUGCGCAUCCUGUACGCACUCAGCUCGCUCGUCUUGUUUCGCUGUGUGUUCAGGCUGAUCGAGUAUGCGAUGGGAAAUGCGGCGUACUUGAUUGCGCAUGAGUGGACGCUGUAUGUGUUCGACAGCGUGCCAAUGCUGGCUUUGUUGGUGGUGUUAUUCGUGUGGCGGUCAAAGGAGGCGAACCCUGUCCAGAAAAGCGAGGGCGAGGGGGGUAGUGAUGGUGAGCUGGGUAUUGUUGGCAGUCAGUCAGGGCGAGCGCGGUAUGAGGUGUGA